GGAGUGGGGGUUAGGGGGAAAUGCAAAAACUACGUGCAGUUCAUGCGAAGGUGUUUUUGUUAUUAUUUAGUCCUAGUACGAAAGCGAACGGUGUACUGGGUCAGCGCGUAUGAGAGCCAAUCUAGUUGAAUUUACGUUGCGCGUAUAAAAACCGUUGCGACGAUGGAGAGUUCACAGCAGUGGGAUGCUACGCAAUUGAGACGAUACGAUUUCGCCUUGGAACAGAUACCGAGGAUUUAUUACAAGGAUCCCAGGAUUGAUGAACUCAUCGCACAAAACAAACCUGUGGUAAUAACUGAAUCCAACAUAGUGCGCUCAGCUUGCGACAAAUGGAACUUAGAAUAUCUGGAAAACAACUUGGGUAACGGUGGACACAUCGUCUACGUGUCCAAAAAUCACAAGUUUAAAUACUUCGAUGACAAGAAGAUGCUUAGCAAGACCAACCCCAAAGGUAUAGAAUUUACACCACCAACCAAGGUUGUCGAAAUGAAAGUACAAGACUUCAUGAAGAAACUUAAGGAGUUCAAAGAGGGCGACGAACGGUUAUACUUGCAGCAAUCUCUGAACAGCACAAUUGGUCCGGCAGUUGCAGAAGACUAUAUCAGAUUUGACUGGCAAUAUGUGAAUGAAAAACAGCACAAGCACAACUGGGGCACAUUAACAUCUAAUUUGUUGUUUGUGGCUAUGGAGGGUAAUGUAACUCCAUGCCACUAUGAUGAACAACAAAACUUUUUUGCACAAAUUUGGGGACACAAAAGGUGCAUACUGUUCUCUCCUGAUCAGUUCGAAUGUCUUUAUCCACAUCCAGUCCAUCAUCCACAUGACAGACAGAGCAUGGUGGACUUUGAAAGGCCUGAUUACACAAGAUUUCCAAAAUUUAAACAUGUAAAGGGAGUGGAAACAGUACUGGGACCUGGAGAUGUGCUUUAUAUACCAAUAUAUUGGUGGCAUCAUAUUGAAUCUCUAAUGAGAGGUGGUCCUACUGUUACUGUUAAUUUUUGGUUUAAGGGCGGUCCCACUAAUAUUGAGUACCCUCUAAAGGACCACCAGAAAGUUUCUAUAAUGAGAAACAUUGAGAAAAUGCUACAGGAAGUACUGCAAGACCCAAAAGAAGUUGGUCCAUUACUUAGGGCGAUGGUUUUAGGACGGUUUACCGAGGAUAACGCCAACUGACAAAUGUGAUAGAUCAUAAAUUUUUGACUUGCUCAUGAAGGGGUGGGUUCGUUGUUGGGCCUUAGCUCUCUCACGGGAGUUCCGCCAUUUUAAUGAACCUUUUGUUUUGACUGAUUAUAUAGAUUUAGAUAAUGAACUGAGUGCAAGAUGAUAUAACUGUUUUUAUUACAAUUUUGGUGUUUUUAGUCGUGAUAUAAAAGAUAAAUACAAUUGUGGAAUGUGGUUGUAGAACGCUUCUAAGCAAUAUCCAUUUUUAAUGCUUAUUUUAAAUAAUUAAUAUUGUGCAAAAUUUUAAAAUUGCAUAAUUUUUAUUUCAUAUAAGUUGGGUAUAUGUUGCAACUCUAUAAUGAAAUUUCGAAAUGUUAUUUAUAAUGCAUUCUACCAGUGGAAUUAUUAUUUUAAGCGUAAUAUUUGUCCUAUUGUUUAAUAUUUGUAAAUAACAAAUAAGUUACUCCUAUUUAUUUUACAGUUAUAUGUAAAUAUUUUUUAAAAUUGGAUCCUAAAUAUUAUAUCCAAUUUCUAUGGUUCAGUAUUUUUGUAUGUUUAAUUUAUGACGCAUUUGCGUUGCAGAGAUUUAUGUAAAUAAAAAUUUAUUAUUUA